CGUUGUAAACGUACGUUUGUCGUAUAUUUUGCCACUGUAUGCAGUGCAUCGUGCUCUGCCUUGCAUCCAAUCAUUGUAGACUCAUUAUUACCCUUUAUUUGUAGCGUAAAUUAGUAUUAUUAUCUAUUGUCUGGUCUAGCGUUUUCCUUUCGGUCAUUUGCAUCACGUAUUCGUCGUGUAAAGUCGCAGAUAUUUGUCUGUAUUGUGGACUGUUUAUUUAUCUGGUAUAUAUUGUAAUUCUAUUAGCCUCCCGGAUCGGAAAACGUUUGGUGAGAAAUUUGCCUUUUGUUGUUGUUAUAUGCUUUGACUUAUGUUAAUCAAUUUUGUUUUAUUUAUUUAAGAAAACCGCCGUUCUUCGCCAAGAAUAUAAAGAAGUGAUUUAUGCACGUGUCUUGUUUGUGGACAAAGGGGCUGAGAGUGGCGCGUUCGAUACGUUUUCAUUGUGUCUCGUCGAUAUAGAUUCCGGGCUAUCAAAAGACGUGACAUAAAAGUUUUCAAACGGGCUUCAAAAAUUCAAACGAUUUCAAGUCUCCAAACAUAAUUUGUGAAGUUUUCAAUGAUAUUAACGUUAAUACCAAAAUUCUCAAGUUUUCAACCAAAGGGUUUCAAACAUUAAUUCGGGUUCUCAAUAAUGGCAACCGGUGGUAGGUCGGAUGACCAACAUCAGGCAAUGAUUAGCAAUGCUCCUGGCAGUUUUAAUGAAUUUAAAACUCAUCUAGAUGUUUGCAGGAGUUCCAGUGACGUUAGCGACGUGAGUUCUUCAGCGUCAUCGACUUUCUCCGUCCGGAAUGCAAGAGUGAAGUUGGAGCUGGCACGCCUAAAGGCCCGUCAAGAAGAAGAACUCUCAGCUUUAGAAUACGACUUGCGUAAGCUUCAGACAAGACACGCUUUACAGGCUGCUGAAACAGAAUCAAAGGUUUGGGAAAUGAGCGAUGGCGAAUUUUUGCGCUGUGCCAGGGCGAAGCGAAAAAUGCCAUUGAUCAUUGCUCAAUGAUGGAACCGAGUCGCGGAUAUCGCGAAGCUAUGAGAGAGCUGAAGAAUGAAUAUGGUAAAGAUCAUGUCAUUUCCCGCACCUGUUUGGACAGGUUGAAGCGUGGUCCGAAGUUGAACUUUGACGACGCGAAAGGUAUGCAAGCGUAUGCGCGACUGAUGCGGAAAUGUGGCUUAGUUCUUGAAGAAAUCAGUGAGUACGACAAUCUUAAUAAUUUUGACAAUUUGCUGGCCAUUGUUAAACGAUUGCCACCAGAGUCGCAAAACGCUUGGGAUUUCAAAGUGGCAACAAUUUUAGAAACGGAGGAUCGUGAAGCUAGUUACAACGACCUCUCUAAAUUUGUCACCGAGCAAGCUAAUGUUUCAAGAUCAGACUUUCGUUUUGCCCGUAGAGAUAGAAGGCAAUCAAAUUAUUAUGAAAAUUCUAAGGCGAAAGGUAGUGCUUUUGCUAUUUCUGCUAGUGGUUCAAAUUGGCACUGCCCGUGUUGUAAUUUUUCUCACGAAUUAUUCAACUGUAAGAAAUUUAAAGUCCUUUCAUGGUACGAACGAUAUAACGUGGCUAGACGGAAUCAAUUGUGCUUCAAAUGCUUAAGACGAGGGCAUAUGUUUAGACAGUGCACACAUAAUGAAAGUUGCCCCAUUCACGAUUGUAAGUAUCCGUUCCAUCAUGUUUUGUUGCAUCGCGAUUUCGAGACACCUACACGGCGAGAUGGUAUUAGUAAACAGACAUGUUCCGUCGGUAACUCGAUGAACCAUGCGGAUCACGACGUUCACGCUAAUAAAUUGGCGCCCGCAAAGCAACAAGGGAACACCGGUGUUUACAUGAAUAUCGUCCCGGUGACAGUAACUGCUGGCAACAGGGCUUUUGAUACAUACG